ACUCUUUCCUUUAUUUUGGCUGAUUUCAGACCAUUUUCAAAUCUAAAUUCAGGAUUCCUCGUUUACUCCACCUUUAACCACCAAAAUACAAUAGAAAAUCAUGUUGUCUAAAGCAUUAUGCUGCUAUGUUUCCUUUCCAUUUGAUCAAUUUCUUACAACUUCAAUACAAAAUUCUACAUGUAAUUGUGAGUAUGUAACACAAAACCUUGGUAUAGACAUCCUAUUAAAGUAUAAAAUCGCGGCGAUUUUAUCCAUUUUAAUAGCAAGUGCUAUAGGUGUUACAUUUCCUAUAGUAGGGAAGAAUUUUCCCAUUUUACACCCGGAGAGUAAAUUGUUCUUCUUGAUCAAGUCAUUCGCGGCAGGGGUAAUUUUGUCCACGGGUUUUAUUCAUAUAUUACCUGAUGCCUUUGAAGACCUUAACAGUCCUACCCUUAAGGACACCCCUUGGGGUAAGUUCCCCUUCACUGGCCUUGCUGCCAUGGUUGGGGCGCUUGGGUCAUUGAUGAUUGAUGCUAUCGCCACGGGGCAUUAUCGAAGGGCCCACUUCGGUGAGCAUUCGGGCUCGGCUGGUGGGGUUGGUGUGGAGGAGACUAGUGAGGAGCAUGCUGGUCAUGUUCAUCUUCACACCCAUGCUACACAUGGUCAUGCUCAUGGUCCUGGUCCAUUGGAAGCUAACUUGGAUGGUUUGACUGACUUUGAUCGUAUCAGAUAUAAGAUUACUUCACAGGUACUGGAGAUGGGAAUUGUAGUUCACUCAAUUAUCAUUGGCAUAUCACUAGGUACGUCUCAGAGCCUUGACACGAUCAAGCCUCUCAUCGUAGCAUUGUGUUUCCAUCAGUUUUUCGAAGGCAUUGGACUUGGUGGAUGCAUUGCACAGGCAGCUUUCAAAUCUGGAUCUACAUUGUGCAUGGCUUUAUUCUUCUCCCUCACAACCCCUGUGGGAAUAGCAAUUGGUAUCGGAAUUACAAAUGUUUACGAUGAUAGCAGUCCAACAGCUUUAGUCGUGCAAGGAUUGCUAAACUCAGUCGCUGGUGGAAUAUUGAUUUACAUGGCUCUUGUCGAUCUUCUAGCUCAAGAUUUCAUGAACUCGAAGGUGCAGACCAACACUAGGCUCUUCUUUGGCGCCAAUGUAACCUUGCUUCUUGGUGCAGGAAUCAUGGCCCUCUUAGCAAUAUGGGCUUAAUUUUUUUCAUUACACAUAGUAUAAUAAAGCACUUUGCUACAUAUAGAUGUAUUUAUUCAUUGAUUGCUUUAUUUUUCUUUGAAUUUCCCCUUCUAUUUUAAUUGGGGUUGAUUAUAGUAAUUCAACAUUGAUGUUAAUCAAAAUUCAAAAAGGCAUAAAUUUUGCUGCAAGUUGAAUAUAAUAA